AUGCUUCACUUUGCGAACCCCCUUUUACGAAACAUCGUCACCAGAAGUCCAUUUGAUGGUGUCAAGAGGAAGCAAUGUCUCCAAUACUUGAAAACCCUGAGAACACUGCAAUAUGAUGGGUUCAAGACUGUGUAUUUUGGGGAAACUGAUAUCCCGGAAAGUCUUGUAACUGGGGGAGAUUUUAGCGACAGCUACUUCAUACAAAUGCCAACAUGGUGUCUUGUGCACGCCGGUGGCUGUCAUGGGUGGGUCCCUUGGAAGUACCGGCUGUUCCUACGAGAUGAGUUGUGCAACAAACAAGAAGACAAUCUCUUCUUUGAGUUCUGUAAUGUGACGAAGAAGACCUACGGCAAGUGUGCCAUUGUGGUCAAAGAGAGAAUGAGGCCAGAGGAGGUGAAACUGAAGGAGGACGCGGGGCCCGAGGCCGAGGCCCAGGCGCUUGUCACGCCCGUCAUUAACCUAACGAGCAUCAUGUGCUGCCCCAAGGUGGCCAAGGCCUGUGGCCAUGAGCUGCUCUGUCUGCCGUCUCCUUACAACUAUCUGAGCCCUUUAGACUCCGCCUGGUCUUCUCUGAAGUGGUUUAUCAUCAACAACAGAAGGGAGUUUUCUUUGCAGUCCUCCGACAAUGUCUGUUCUUACCAGUACAUACUUCUCAGUGACUUGCUUCGCAAAGGGAUUGAAAGGAUAAAUGCAAACAAAUGGAAAGUACUCACGAACAAGGUGCGGAGAUGGGAAAACUACUAUUUCGGGAAAUUUUCAUAA